GCAUAAAGCUAAUGUUAUUUAGCUCCAUUGACUACCUAACAUGAGAAGCAAAUUCCUGUAAGAAGUACAGCCGGUACCAAUCUGACAGAACGUCUUCCUCCAGUAUCCUUCAAGGAGCUUCAAUUGUCGCGCAUGCUCUGUGACAGCUGGGAACAGUCUCACAGCCGGAACCAAUCUGGCAUGACACCGCCUCGACUGCAAGGUCUGUUGUGCUGGUAGCUCUACGUAGGGGGUCGUAUGAUCUGCAUUGUUGCUUCUGUGUCCCACUUUCCUGACGUUUGUCCCUUGACAACAGUAGCCGGUUGUAACGGCUCUAGCCAUGGCGGAGGGCGAGCGGCCCCUGUCCGGAGGUGGGAGUCAUUUUGUUGGAAGUGGGAGCCCCCGAAGCAGCCCACUGAUGGGCGCUGGUAAAAGGAUGCAGCAGUCAUCGCCGGGAGUACGGAAUCGUCAGCAGCAGCUGCUCGGGCCGCCUGGACACAGCUUUCGCAAAGUGACACUGACUAAGCCCACCUUCUGUCACCACUGUACGGACUUCAUUUGGGGGCUUGGGGGCUACCAGUGCGAAGUCUGCAAUUUCAUGUCCCAUGAGAAAUGCCUGAAGCAUGUGAAAACUCCAUGUUCGUGUGUAGCUCCACAUCUCGUAAGGGUUCCAGUUGCCCAUUGUUUUGGGCAACCUAGACGUUACAAGAAGAGAUUCUGUACUGUAUGCAGAAAGCAGUUGGAAGGGCCAGCGUUGAGAUGUGAAGUGUGCGAACUACAUGUGCAUGUUGAUUGUGUCCAGUUUGCAUGUAGUGACUGCAAGCAGUGUCAUCAUGAUGGACAUCAGGACCAUGACACGUAUCAUCACCAUUGGAGGGAAGGAAGUUUCUCUUCAAGUGCACGCUGUGAAGUUUGUAAGAAAACCUGUGGCUCUUCCGAAGUGCUUUCUGGCAUGAGAUGCGAGUGGUGUGGAAUUACGGCACAUGCAGCUUGUUAUAUUAUUCUCACACCAGAAUGUACAUUUGGGAGACUGAGGCAUAUGAUUCUUCCGCCAUAUGCUGUUCGUAUUUAUAGUCGCAAUUUCAGCAAAUUGCAUUGCUUCCGGAUAUCUGAAAGUGCCCAGCCAGAACCAGAAGAAGAUGACGAAAUUGAUGGGACAACAGCAGGAACUGUGAAAGAUGUCCAGUCAUCACCUGAUUCAAGUAAACAAACACUAAAAAUAUUUGAUGGCAUUGAUGCUAUAAAGCGGAAUCAGUUUCGACUAAUUUCAGUACCCAGGAUUGCAAAAAAUGAAGAAGUUGUGGAAUCUGCAUUAAGGGUGUACUAUAUACCUGAUGAGCCCCAAGACUAUGAGCUUCAGUCAUUAACGUCAGAGGCGUUGGUACCUGAUGAUGUUAUUAACAGGAAUGGAACUACUGAUGAUACCAGGUCGUCGCCAGUGUUCAGAGACUCUGUCCCAGAUGCAUGGAUUAUCAAGGCAAAACCAAAAGACAGCGAAGUUGUAAAGAUUUAUCCAGGGUGGUUGCGGCUGGGAUUAGCUUGUAUAUCUAUACGAAUCAAUAAGGAAAGCACUGUACAGACUAUAAUGGAGGAAGUUCUACAGCAGCUGGGACAACAGAAAGAUGUUACAGAGAAUUUCCAGCUGGUGGAAGUACAAAUGGGAAGCAAGCAAGUGCAACGAAUGGUGUUGUUGAACCAGGAUAUCCUUUUUAGUAGGCUUCAGGAAAUCAGAAAGACAUCAAUUAGGCAAAUGAAUCAGACAAGAUUUUAUAUAGUAGAGAACAAGAAUUCUGUUGUCCAGGUAAAUAUGCUGAUAAACGGCCUUCCUGUGCACCUGAAUAAGGAAGAAUAUUAUGACCUCCUCGUGCAACAUUUAUACAUUAAGCGAGAUUUUGCUUCAGUGAGCCAUGUUUAUUCAAGCCAAGGUGCACUUAUGCUAGAAAUAACCUGCUUCUCCGAAGCCGAAAGAAUAUUCAUGCUGGUUAAAGACACAGUAGUAAACAACAAACAGCUCUAUGCCACUGUACUUCCAGAAGUUAUGGUGAAGAAGGUGCCGCAGGAUUGUUGUCCUAUUUUAGUAUUUGUAAAUCCAAAAAGUGGAGGUUUGAAAGGUCGAGAACUUCUGUAUGGCUUCCGUAAACUUCUAAAUCCUCAUCAGGUUUUUGAACUAACAAAUGGAGGACCUCUUCCUGGAUUUCAUGUGUUCCAUCAAGUUUCAUACUUCCGUAUAAUAGUAUGUGGUGGUGAUGGCACCGUUGGAUGGGUUCUUAGUGUAUUGGAGGAAAUUCGAAUCAAACUGAGCUGCCCACACCCAGCAGUGGCUAUUGUUCCUUUAGGAACAGGUAAUGAUUUAGCAAGAGUACUACGUUGGGGUACUGGCUAUAGCGGAGAAGAUCCAUUUUCCAUCCUUUUGUCUGUGGAUGAAGCAAAUGAACUACAAAUGGACCGUUGGACCAUUCUUUUAGAUGCACAGGGACCUAUUGAUGGCGCAGAAAAUGGUAUUUCGGAGCCUGAACCUCCAAAGAUUGUACAGAUGAACAAUUACUUUGGACUUGGAAUAGAUGCAGAGUUGAGCCUGGAUUUUCAUCAGGCAAGAGAAGAAGAUCCAGACAAAUUUAACAGCAGAUUCCACAACAAAGGAGUAUAUGUAAAAGCUGGACUACAGAAGAUAAGCCACACAAGAAGUCUUCACAGGGUCAUCAAACUUUUGGUAGAUCAGCAAGAAGUAGAACUCCCAAGUAUUGAGGGCCUUAUUUUUCUAAACAUUCCAAGCUGGGGAUCCGGUGCUGACCUCUGGGGAUCUGAUAAUGACAGUCGAUAUGACAGACCCAGAAUGGAUGAUGGUGUACUUGAAGUGGUAGGAGUAACUGGUGUUAUGCACAUGGGCCAAGUACAGAGUGGUUUGCGUUCAGGGAUUCGUAUUGCACAAGGAUCGUACUUCCGUGUAACACUUACAAAGCCUAUUCCUGUACAAGUAGAUGGAGAACCAUGGAUCCAAGCACCAGGACAAAUUAUCAUUUCUGCUGCAGCACCAAAGGUGCACAUGCUGAGAAAACUGAAGCAGAGACAAAAGAAGCAAACUGGAAGCAUUAAGGACUCAAAAACAGAGAAUGUCUUGCCUGGUGAAGGAGGCAGCUGAGAAGAGGCAGCACUUUGUGCAAUAUACUGAUAGCACAUUAGUUUAAUGUGGAGGAAACAAUGCUGCAGAGCAACUUGUCCAGUGAAAGCCUGUCACAGUCCUCUCCUGUGGAUCAUUGUUCUGUUAUUAUGAGUAUUACGCGCCUGCUGUACAUAUUACAAUGGUAUACUUUUGUCAGAGGUGGUGCUGUGGUCAUAGUACUACACCUCUGUUUGGAACACAGAAGCCUGACAAUAGGUGCUUCUUUUCCCCAGCUAUAGUGACUUUUUAUUUUUAUUUUUUUAAGUAUGACAGAUGGCUUGUUGGUGUUCCUUUUGAGUUUAUAGCAGGUAAGCUGAUAUAUCACCAAGUUCUAGGAGUUUGGAUAGUUUGCUCUUUAAAAGGUUGUUUACUUCUGUUAUUUUAUUACUGGGUAAUUUAGUAGCUGUUUUAAACUGCUACAAAGUGGUUACAAGGUUUGUUAAACUGGUUAUCUAAGAACUGAAGUUGAGUGAAUGUUAUACAUUUGACGCUUUUUAUACAUUUUAAUUGGCAGACAUUUAAGGUGUCAUGAACCUUUGUGAAUGCCACUUAACUGACUUGGUGUCAGUUUAGCUCAUCAGGAGAGCUUCCAUGGCCAAAUACUGCAAUAUAUAAAUGACAGAACUUUGUACAGUGGUUGCACAUGUUGUGAAAAACAAGUACAUCCUAGCAUUUUACAGCUGCCUUCACAUAAACCCAAAGGCUGCUUUAUCCCUGUGACAUGCUGUUGUGAUUUUGUGAAUAAUUGCAGUACUGGGAUUUGUAAUUUAUUUACAAAAUACUGUAACCGUAGAUGGGGACCUACAAGUCCUUAUCUCAUUUUUAGCACACCUAAAUGAAUCUUGUACUUCAAAUGACUAAUGAAUGCUACAGAAAUGUUAAUCAGUGGGACCAUUGAUUUUUGGAAGCCAGUUUUAAGAUAAUUUGUAAAAAUUAAUUUGUUAAAGUAAGCUAUUAUGGGAGGGACUGUGAUUUAAAAGGUGUGCCAAUUAUAUUUAACUGCAGAACAAAUGUGCUUUAAUGGUAACAAUUGCUUUUUGAAAACUGUUUUUGUGUUUCAUGUCCUACAUCAGUGUCUGCCAGUGUGGUGGCUUAAAACUACAGAAAUGCUUGUAUAUAUGUUGUAAUUUAAUCUUGGUGUUUUAAUAAGUAAGUAUUAUGACAAGCUCUGAUGCAGUAUGCAUCGUCAGCAUUUCAGAAAUGUGGUCCAUGUACACUGUUGUCUUUAACUUAGAUUUAUUUUGGGGUAUUUGUUAUGUAUUUCUACUUUAAACGUAAUUGUACUUUUUCUUCACCAGCUGCGAACUUGUACAGAUCUGACACUAGGCUCUGAAACUACACUGUCUGAGGAAAAUAGACGUCUUAAUUUCUAGAUUCACUUCCCCAGGCUUUUCAGACUUUUACAUAUAGCAGGUGGAAAGUUAUAAUAGUUUCAGUUUGGGCAUUGUUGGUAGCCUUUUCAUGAUGUUGGGGUUAAUCAGUAGUACACCAUACUAUGUGGUAUUAGGUUAUGAAAGUUUAGAGAAUAUUGUUGAUACUUGUAGUUGUAAUUAGACAGUGAAGCUGGACUGUGUCAUUACCAUUUAGUGUAAAUGUGGCUUUGAUACAGGUUUGUCACAGCCAUGAGUAAAAGCCACUGAGCUACGACAUAGACUUGGUGAAAUUAGCAUCUGUGAAACUGUUUACUGGCUAAUCAAAUGUAGUGCAACUGAUGUCACCAGUCAUAAGAUUCACUUUGUGAAAGUACAUUACACAAAAUUAGUCUAUACAAGAAACUGUAUAAUUUGCUGUACCUAAGAGUAAACUGUCUCCUGAAGAAUUUUCAUAGCUUUGUUAGUGUAUGUCAGAGAGAGAUACAAGGAAGUUGUGAUAAAAAAAGUCCUACCUGUUAAAUACUGAUAACAGAGCAUUCCAGUGGGCAGUGGCUUAUGAGAAAGACAUCACCAAAAACACAUCUCUCCCUCAGGUUUUAUAUUAGAUGUAGUUUCUCUUUAUCUCUGAUGUCCAUUAUCCAUUACAUGGUUAAGCUUGCUCAAACUUUGAAAGGUUAAGUAGCUUGUGAAAGCAUGUAUGGACAUAAUUGGCUUAUGUGGUUUCUUGAACAUUUCUGACUCUUGAAAAGCUAUGCUACUGGUAUUAUAUCUUUACUCUUUAAAAGGAGACUACAUCAUUCUCUGACUGUUACUGAUAAAGGUGAAAAGGUUUUGUUUGCUGCUUAUACUUUUAAGAAUAAUGUGGUACCAGCUUGCACAAUUGGUUUGAGAGUAGAUUUCACUUUUAAAUAUUAUUUUAAAAAUUGGUUUUGUUGGCCUGCUGAUGUAUUUUUUCCUGGAUUAAGUUUUAAGGCUCCCAUCUGUUGUGUCAGACCCGUAUUCUUACUGUUUCUUGAAACUUAGUAUUUUAUACCUAGAUGUUUGGAAACACUGUGCAUUGUUGUGCCAGCCUUUAACCAUCUUAGAAUCUGUUUACAUCUUAGAAUAACAUCACACUUCAGUACUAUUCUUCUUUGGUGUAUUAGAUAAGUCAUAGUUUCUGAAGCAGUGUUGCAUGGCUCUGUACCAAAACAGCAGCGUAGUAAACCAGAAGCUUGAGUCAUGAGAAGAAGGUGCUCAUGAAGUGGGUUCUUUUGCCAACAAUAUUAUGUGACUUUGUUAUGUAAUAUAAUAAUUCAACAUUAGCUUCCAUCAAAAUCUGUUAUCUGCACGCUGUUGUGAACUUCUGGAUGCUUCCUCCUGAUGCCUUGAAAUAUAUAUAGUGGUGUUCCCUGAGCCAAGACAUUUUUUUUCUGCAGGUUAAGUUCAGAACUCUCUGUCUUUAUCUAAAGAGUCUAGAACCAGAGUUAUGACAUUAUUGUUUGAGGUACAUCAGUCAGACCAACAGUGUUUUCAGGGAACUUGGAAUGUUUUGCUGUUUGGGAGCUUAUCCUGUCCGGUCUAGAUUUCUACUUGGAAUAGUCUUCCAACAAUGAAAUAUAGAAAUAGCCAUCGCAGUACAUGUUUGCUCGUUCAUCUUUCUUUCACAGUGUGGCAUUUUGUAACUUUAGUCAUUCCAAACAGGAGCAUUAGAUGACUGUACUUCACUAGCUAGUGUCUUUCUGGUUGAAUGUUCCUUUAUAUGAACAUACAUGCACACACAUGAUAAUACUGACAGAAGACUUAUAAGGUCUCUCAAGUCUAAGUACAGCAGUUAGCCAAAGUAAUAUAAUCCUCUACACAGCUUGUCUAACCUUCAAAUGUUAUAUGGUUUCUGGGUUGCUAAGAUUAUUAAAAUGAGCUUCAGAAACAGGAAUAUAUUGUUAUGCAUUUCAUCAUAGACCUUUGUACAGUCUGUUCACCCAUGAAAUGGUAUUAUGUCAGAUUGCUGGUCAAUAUAAAGAGUGCCGUAACACUGAAUAAAUUUGUUAAAUGUACUUCUAGAGCUGCAGCAUAUUAAGGCUGUUUUUACAGCAGCAGCGGCAAUUUGGAAUAAAAAUAGGUCAAUAGGCACACAAUAGACAAAUGUUAAACCUGAAACUGUAUCCUAUGCUCCAGUCCUGUCAUUUAGGAUAGAAAAUAUCUGUAUCUUCUAUCAGUGGUAUUCAAAGAAUUGUUUUUGGUUAAUAGUGCUGGUUGCCCAUUAUCUUUAACUCCUAUUACGAUUCCAUGGCUUCUGAGUCUGCAUUUAAGAUAGAUUGUAUUGUGCUUAUUUUCCCACUGUUAUACCGUCACAAAUUAAAAAGUUUAGGUACAGAUGUCCUUUAGUAACUUAAUAAGAAAGCCAAAUAGAAUGGCUAACAUCAGCAUCAACAGCAACCACCCUGUAAUUGCAGAAUGAGGAUGCUGCGAGGAACAAGUGAAUGGGUGAAGCAUAACUAAAGUGUUGUUAUUUAUAUCCACUGUAAUGUCUUUGUAAUAACAGUCUCACUUAAUUUCAUCUGGAAUUUCAACAUCCUUUCUGUUUUGUAAUCAGUAGUAUCAAAGCAAAUGAACCAGUUUCAGUGGAGCCCCCAGUCUGUGGGCCAGGGUAUAGUAUUAUACUGAGUUCAUCUUGAAAUGCUGAGGACAGUGACUGUAGUCUUCAUAAUAGUGAGACUGUUACCAUCCUCUGCUCUGAGGUGCAGUGAUACAAAUAGCAAGGGUGUGUGGUUCUGCAAGAAUUCUUUAAAAGCAUUUUACUGACUUUCAUAGGAAUGAUACUAGGCAAGCAGUCACAGGGUCCAUAAGAUUUCCAGCCAUAUACACCUUUAGGAAGACGCACUUCAAAGUUGUUGCCACCCAUUUUGAGCAUAUAAUAGUACCCAUCUCCCAAAUCAAGUAGGGCUAUAGAUAAUGACUCAGCUAAAAAUUUGUUUUGAAUCGUCCAGUCAUCAAAACUCUCCAUAAAGUUGCACAAAGUGGUACUUUGUUUGACCUGUAGUGGCACCUUAUUCCACAGGCUGAAAAUACAUUGAGUUAGGAAUAUAUCCAUCAAGCACAUCUUGUUUAUUUGUUGGUUUAGGCUUAGGUCCACAGUGUAGGUGUUUGUAGAGGCAUUACUUUUGUGAAGAAAUAAGAGGUCAAAUAAGAAUUGGUCUUUCAUCUCUUAAAAGGGAAACACAGGAUACCUCCGAGAACCAGUUGGACUACUGAGCAUAAGGAGAGACAAACUAAUCAGUCAGGUAGUAGAAGAAUAUAAGGCCUUUAAUUUUCUUGGUUAGAAAUCUUUGAGGCCUUUCCAGUUGAGCAGUAUGCUUGGAUUUGUACACACCAAAGGGGCACUGUCACAUGAUUGUAUCUUAGUAAUAUGAAGGAGUAAUGGUAGCAGAAAUAAAAUGCAAGUUCUAAACAUGCUUAUAAGCUAUUAUAAAGCAGCUAGACCUUUCAGUAUGAGAUGAUUAUUUUUUUUCUGUUAAAUAAUACUUGCUUAACUAUGUGAGCUAAUUGGUAACUAACAGUAAUUGCUGCUUUGUUCCCAUUGUUUAAUAUUUUGUGCCACUGAUUAUUUUGCAUCUUUUCCAUGGUUUAAGCAUUAAAGGUAUUUCAUUUUUUUGUA